AUUAUUCAGCUGCACCUCGUAAAAAGAAAAGCAAGCUUGGUCAUUGAUGAGUAUUCAUCUUUCGCAUGGCAAGCAAUGCAUGCGCAUUGCGCAGCUGGCCUCAUCAUCAUGUUUUCAUGCUUCAAUAUCAGAGCGUGCGUAUACCCCUCCCAUACAUUAUCUCGUCGAUCUUGAGUUCGAAUGCCCCAAGCUAUCUCCUCAUUUCCACAAAGCUUCACGGUACCUCCCAUUGUGCUGUCAAUAUUUCUAGAGCCCGAGGAGGAUGCAAAGUGGAUACGAUAUCACUUUCAACCUGGGGAUCUUGACAUCAAUCGUGUGUGAUGAUUAUUCAUCAGCAACGACAUGCGCAUCUCCUUUCUCAACAUCUAUGAUAACAAGUAAUGUCAACGUACAGUAGCGCUAGAGAUAUGCAAGAUGAUUUUAGGAUGAGUACUGUCCGCGGAGAGCUUUUCCGUCAUCCAGGUACAUGCUAUCAAGUUAUCCAAACAAGACAAAUGGUUCAGCCCUCGCAACCACGUGCCCAAUCCCUCUGUGAUCGACUAGUGCGGGUGAUGACCACAUCGUUGCGUCUCCUUGUCGAUUGUCGAAGGAUUGUAGAAAAUCUGUCACAUAAUCCAACACUCCACCCUGGAUCUUCGGUAUUCCAGACAUCCCAUCCUCGGGAGACGGUAUCCACCCCUCCGUCUGUUCUUUCCGGUCCCCGGAUACGCAACUCCUUCAGUUUUAGCGUACUUACGAAAAAUCAUACCCUCAAAGUGUCAAGUACCGAAACCAAAUGCGUUCUCAGGGAGAGUUUUGAGCUCUUGUGCGACACACGAACUCUACGACCAGCAACCAUGACGCUCAUAUCGCCUAGACACUGCCGUGACAUUGUCACAUUAACCAUCCUAACCAAAGACUAAGUCUGAGAUACUGCGGUUUUCAUUUCGAAGAUACUGUCUAUAUCUGAUGCUGUAAGAUAAUUCUACUAGUUCAUGGUCGCGUAACACACUCGCCAGUGUCCCUGA